AUCUUUGGAGUUUCAGCUGUACCGAUACGACGUUGAGCUCCGGUUUACUUACCGGCAGGAGACUGUGAUGUUUACCGAGAGUCGCAACGUGAAUAAAGAAGAUUGUUCAAAUUCAAGAUAUCUCUGAAUAAAAGUCCAGCAACUGAACUUCACAAUCUGACUCAUCAGCACGACCAAAGUUACUGUGGACAAAAGCUUUGAAAACCUUCGUAACUGAAGUGACUGACAUCUGUUGGCAGCUUGCGGCAGGUGUAUUCCACAUACACCGGAUGAUGGGUUUCUGGCACCCGGUGACCAACCUCCGAGAUUAUGUAUCCCAGAAUCCUCCAGGGGUUACAUUUUUCCUGUGUCUGUUGACUCUGGCGAUCUCCUUUAUCUGCCUCAGCUCUUACAGCUACAGACACACUCUGCCUAACCCUGACACAGUAGAGGACUGGAACCAUCUCCUGUCCUCAUUAUCUCAGUUCCAGCUGUGUGUGAAAGACAACACAAGUUCAUCUGAGCUGCCAGUCGCCUCUGCUCUGAUGGAUAGAGACACUUCGGUUAACUCUACAAAGAGUCCCUCUCUCACCACUCUGCGCCUCAUGGUUCCUCUGGCUGUGACUUCUAACUCAAACAGUGGCUCCCUGAAGUACCUUGGUUUACACACUGCCUUGAGAGCCAGUCAAUUACAUCUUGGAGGCAAUGAAAUCGUUAACAUGACUCUAGAGUUUUUGUCUGGAAAUGAUACCUACACCUGUCUCACCAUAAGUGCUCCAGUGCACCUGCUGCCCAUGAGUCUACUUCCGCCAGAGUGCCCUGUAUUUGAGAAAACUAUUUUACCCAUCUAUGUGGAAGCGGUCAACCAGCUGCCUCCAGCAUCACACACCUGCUACAGUCUACACUCCACGAAGGACCAGACACUCACUGUCAUGUUAACACAGGAGGAGCAGAGCGUGGCGGUGCGACAUCUGUUGGAAGUCAGUGCGUGUCUCCUCGGAGUUUGCUUGAUGCUCUGUGUAGCUGCUAGUAUGACACAGUCGCUAAUACACCGCUACCAUUGGAAUGAGAUGGAUCUGCAAAAUGCUAAAGAGCUCUUGCUGGACACCUGAAGAUCUUUCAUCUGCUGCGUCUGAAAGAAAUGCGUUGGUGGUGGAGAGAGAAGUGUGAUUUGUGUCUUUCCUUUUAAAGAGGCACCCCACCCAUCUUGCAUAACAAACACGUUUACACAUCCUGGGGACUAAGUCCUACUCGGCCUGACGGCUUCUGUUUCUCUGGAGGCAGCUUGUUGUCGUCUGAGAAAUUAACCCUGUUAAUGGCAUUCGGGUUAUCUGCUUGGGUUUGAAGAUAUUUAUGUAGCAUCCGGCAAAGUGAAGAUAUUUCAGCUUUUUACGAAUAAAUUCUGAACAUUUGUGUCUCA